AUGGAGGAAGAGGCGGUCGCCGUCGGUGCUGCUGGGCUCGCGAUGCUGGAGAUGGAGAUGGAGGAAGAGCUCGAGGCGGUGCUCGCCGAGGCUGUCGGGCUCGCGGAGGCCGCGGCCGCAAUGCACGCGCCACCCGCUCCUCCACAUCGUGCCGCGCCAGGAAGGACGGCGGCGACGCCUCCCUUGAGCGGUGGUGGUGCUGGGAUCCAGGAGUCGCCAGAGAUUCAGCCACCUGCGAGCCUAAACCAUGUGGUAGUGCUGCUGGGACCCAGGAGUGGUGGAGAUCCAAGAGCUACUGGAGAUCCAGCCACCUGUGAGCUCCGAGAGGUGGUGGUGCUAGGACGAGGAGCGUAG